AUGGCUGAUGUGAAGAACGUAUUCACACAGGAAGAGGUUCAGGGUAUUAUCAAACAGGUUCUCGACGAAGUAAUUGGCUUGAGCCCUUAUAAUUACGCGGACAGUCUUAAUUGGAAUAAGCAAGCUGUCGAACAGAUAACAAAAAGACUUGUGGCCUUAAAUCGACCAUAUAAGUACAUUGUGAAUUCUUCUCUUUUGCAAAUUGGUAAUGGAACCGGUAUGAAUGUGAGCACGAUUUCGUACUGGAACAAGGCGACCGAUCAGUCAUGGCAAUAUCGCUGGGAGACAAAGAAUAUGCUGGUAGUUGUAUACGUAUACGCUUUGGCGACGUCGUAA